AUGUACUUGGUAGGCAUUCUAAGUAUCGCCAGUAAGAAACAGGCGGCCUUCCAACCAUUCCAGUGCCCCAUCUGCCAGAGUAGAUUCACACGACAUGAGAACCUGAAGCGACACGCUGCCGUCCAUUCUUCCUCCCAGGACGAUGCCUCGCUAUCUUGCCACAUCUGCAAUGCGACCUUCUCGCGGCCUGACUUGCGACUUCGACACUUGAAGCGGAAGCAUCCUAAUGAAGUCCAGCGACCCAGGAAGCGUCAGUCGCAGUCGCAGGCGUCCGCUGCUGGCAGCGACCGGGCGGGCUGUCAAACGCAACAAGAGAAGAAAUCACCCACUCCUUCAGCCUCCAUGUCCAUCUCGCCAAAGUCGACGCGACAUGAUUCACAUUCGCAGGCUCACGAUUCCGAAGACGAGAAUGAAUUAAAUCGAACCUCUUCUGCUGAUAAUUACAGCAUGGUUUCGCAGCCGCACUCACAGGCACAGUCGCAGCCACAGUCACAGCCGCAGUUCGAUGAGCGUUUCAAUGCCGUCGAGAUGGAUCCAAGUUCCCUCCUCCUGGCAUCCUUUCUCCGCCCACAGGAAAAUUCACACAUUAGUCCAGCGACAGUGCAGUCAAUACCAUACGACAACACCUUGGCCAACUUCAACUUCGACCAGUGGAGUCCCGAUCCCCUCCUGUCCCUGGACGGCCUAUCACAGAUCCAAGAUGAAUGGAUGCCAUCCAGUCUGCAACAACUCCGCGGGUGCGACCUGUUUUUUACCUAUGCAUCCAACUUUCUCCCCUUCCUCCAUCAACCAACAUUUCAAGCAUCUCGCGCUGCCAGACCUCUGCUCCUCGGCAUCCUCUGUCUUGGCUACCAGUAUGGAGAGGACCCGGAUGCUGGAGACGAGGCAGGCUCGGGUUCGGCCCUUUCCCUGCGAUGUUUCCACCGAGCCCGUGCCCUUAUCGCUGCGGAAGAGGACCACGUCGACGAGACCGCCCACGGCCUUAUCAUGGUGCAGACGUAUAUCCUUCUCCAAGUUUUCGCCAUGAUGUAUUCCUGCGAUAAGGACUCGGCGUAUGGACUGAAGACCCAUUCCAAGAUAUGCUCUCUGGCCCGCGCGAUCGGGCUCAUGAACCCACCCCCUAACGAUGCCACUGUGACUGAAGAUCUUGAUUCAUUGUGGCGACACUUCGUCCAGGCCGAAUCGCACAAACGCACCCUCUACGCCGUCCACCAGAUCGACACCCUCUGGUACCAAUUCCUCUCCAUCCCGCGCUCACUCUCCCACCUCGAAAUAAAACAGGACCUCCCCUGCCCGGAAACCUACUGGACCGCAUCAUCAUCCGGCGAGUGGGCGCAUCGCCAAUUGGUCGCUCGACACAGCGGCCCUCCCAUCCGCUACCACGACGCCGUCCGACGAAUCCUGGCAUCCGACAGCACGAACCUCAGCUCCAUCCCCGCAUUCGACCCCUACGGCACCAUCAACAUCACCCAAUUCCUCGUCUCCAGCGCGCGCGAAAUCUCCGGCUGGUCCACCAUGACCGGCAUGCUCAGCAUGGAGCGACUCGACCCGCUGCGCAAGUCCCUCCUCGCGCUCAGCCCGCUCGUGCGCGCCCAAUCCCAGCCGCAAUCCCAACCCAACGCCAUCGACUCGUCCCCGCACGCCGCGCUCUGCGAAACCACCUGGCAGGCCGCGAUGAUCGAAAUGCAGAUGUGGUCGCCGUCGCACACGGGCGGGCUCGUCGGCACCAGCGUCGAUGCAGCCCUACACCACCUCAUCGACCUCGCGCCGUCGUGCGAGUUCCUCUGCGAAUCCAACCUCUGCGGGUCGAUCCAGCCGCACGUCGACUGGUUCCUGCGGUACCUCGAUCAGACGGUCGAUGCGGCGGGGGAGGCCCCCUGGCUGACGCUGUAUGCGUGCAAGGCGUUUAUGAUUGCGUGGCAGCUCGUCCGCGGGGGCAUGGCGGGCGCGAUGCAGGUUGUGGGUGUGGCGGACGGCGAUAGGGAGGCGGCGCUGAAGUGGGCGAAGAAGGUGUUCGAGAGGAGGGAGAGGUGGAAGUUGGGGAAGAUUGUCAUGGCUUGCUUGGAGGGGUUGGAUGUGUGA